AAUAAAGAGAUAUAGCGUUUGAUUUGCGGCCUGCUUCAGGCCAGGCUGGCCGGUCAGCUCCAUCUCCAGCUGGAACUGUUCAUCUUUAACUGCGGCUAUAACUCUCCGUGCAGCAGACAGCCUGUCCAAACAGCGGCCAAGUGACAAUGUUCAGACCGUGUGUGUGUGGACGGCCUGCCCUCAAUUCCUAGUCAGUGAAAAAAAAAAAAGCCUUCCUCAUUAAAAAUAAAAGCACUUCCUCCACCGCAGCUGCCGCUUCUUCUUCUUCUUCUUCUGCUGCUGCUGCGACCAGAUGAAACCCACUCCGCGCCCGAUCAGAGCGACAUCAUCAACCCUGAUCGAAGAGGGAGGUUUUUCGACGCUGCUAGCUCUGGAGAAACGCCAAGCGGACGAGAUGAGCGUUCAGCUGGGGAAGAGGCGGUAGAAAGAGAGAGAGAGAGAGAGAGAGAGAGAGAGAGAAAAACAGAGAGAGGCGCGGCGGGGUUCGCUGGAAAUUCGGACUGGCCUGGAUAAAUCGGCACUCCACGACUUUUUCUUUUUCCCUCCUUCUUCUUCUUCUUCUUCUUCGGGGAUUUGGAGUCGGAGUUGAUGACUUGUGAAGGAGUAAUGGUCAAGCUUUCUCAGCGCGGUUUCCCUGCAGGAAGAAACCAAGCCGUGGAGGGCAGGACCCCUUGAGAUGUCGAUCCAUCACGGCACGCUGCUCUGUCUGGGCGUCCUGCUGAUGACCUCCGGAGGAAUCCUGAUCUUUAGCUCUGGGACAGCGUACCACGCGACGGUCCCACUGAUGGUACUUGGGAUUUUUCUGGGUAUGGGGGGUCUGAGCGUGAUGGUGGCAGGAGUUUGCAUGGCUAAGAAGAAUUUACAGGUGGGAGUGCCUGGACACUUCCUCCUGCACCCCCCCACUGGCACACGCUUCAGCCCACAGCAGGCCCUGGCCAUACAAAGGAGGCUGGACCGAAUCCGCCGGGAAAUGUCGACGGACGCCGUCAGCACUUCGCCGGAGCCCGAGCCCUCCCUGCCGUCCACCCCGCCGCCCUGGACCAUGGAGCCGCCGCCGUCGUACGACACGGUGAUGAAGAGCCAGCACAUAAACCAGGAGGAGAACCAGGAGCCCGGCGAGCAGCCCGACUACGAGCACGACGAUCAGCAACUUCCUGAACACUCUGAAUGUACAAAUCAAGAUGGCGGCCAGGAGGUUUAAACUGGGUUGGACUUCCUACGCUCCUCCAGUGCCUACUGUUCUUCUGAGCGAGAGCUUCGUCUGAACUCACAGCUGCAAACGUCCUCCGUGCCUUGAAAUCGACCAAUCGAGACUCGACUUUAGCUCAGGCUUCCCGUGGACGGUCGGGCCGACACAAAGACAGGAGUGGAAGUCAAACUGUUGGUGUUGGCGUGAGAUCUUUGUCGUCUUGUCUUUACGUUUAAACACGAGAACCUUCAGUUUCAUAUAUCUGCAUCAUACGUAUGUUAAAGCACAUAUAUUGUUUGUAAUUCACUAGAGCCUGCAACCCAUAUGCAGUGCUUUGUUGUCUCAAUCUGCCACCAUGCAGUUAUCCAUUUAUUUAUGUUUUUUCUUUGUUCUUCCCCUUAGCUGCUUCAUUCUGGCCUGGUCUGAAAAGCGUCCAAACUCUUGAUAAAAUACCAGUAUUUUUGAAAAAGGGGGGAAAAAAACAACCCAGAAAGGAUGAUAAAUACUUUCCAGAAAAUUAGAAGAGAAAAACUUCCUUUGUUGUCAAGUGUAACACCAAAAUCAAGAGGUACAAAACGACAUUUAAAAAGUCAUUUAAAAAGUACAUUUUAAGAUAUAAAGUAUUUCCUGUAUAUUUCAGUAAAAAAAAAGAAAAAAAAGAAAUCAGUGUAAGAAUGGAACAUAAAAAAGUGCAAUAACCUUAAACUAAUUCUGUGUCGGAAAAAAAAAGCCCUGGCCCAUUUUAAAGGGGAAGUGUACAGGAAGUGGGCUGCUCCAUUCUUAGCUCACCCAUUAACCCGAAGGCCUGGACAGAUUCUCCUGUGUGCAGCCUCCCAGCUAAUGUAGGAGUCAUUAAAAAAACAAAGAGCUAAAUUUGGUUAUUUUUAUAUAGAGAUUUUAAGAAAUAAUCCACUUGUAUUACAAAUGUUUUUAAACAACUUCUUUUAGGCUGAAAGAUGAAUGUAUCACAUGUACAAGGGGUCAUGCACUGAGAACGGGAUGAAAAUAUGCUUUGUUUGUCAUCAGAUAAGGCAGUUUCUAAUGUAAGAAAAUAAAGGAUGUUUUUGUACUACUUUC